AAUUUACCACAUUGCUAGCUCUGUAAAUUAGCAUUCAUGCUAAAGGCAAAUUGAAGAAAUUUGGAGUUUACUUUGUCUUGGAAUUAAACGAUAGUGCUCCACCAAACCACGUAAAAUGAAACAUCGUUAAUUUUUAAAAUGUGUGAAGAUGUAAGAUGACGUCUAAUAAGUGCGAUCGGACAUUAGAAUAUGGAUAAAACGACGAAGAAGAAGGACUAAAAAUUUCAAAAUGGCGUCCCAAAUUUUAAUGUUUAUCUUUGUGCUUGGGACACUUUCUCAAGGAAUCCACCAUACAAAGGCUUCAUCUAAAAGUAAAACGCAGCCUUACAAGCCUAGUCAAAUGGGAAUACUGCAUUUUAAUAAUCCCCAACUACUAUCUGGUGCUAAUGACUUUUUAGAUGGAGACAAUUAUUUCUUUGAUCACAGUGAAGAUGCAGUGGACCCUUCUCUCGUUGGAGGAAUUGUUCUCUCUAGGGAGGCAACCUCUAUUGCAUCAAGAUUGAGGGACCUCAGUAAGAAAGAACUGGGAGUUCCAGCUAUGCAGACUAUAUUUGAUUCCAUGCCCUAUGAAGACAAACCACCUGCAGCAAGUGAUGCAAUAGACACUCUGGCAUAUAGUCUCCAGAAGAAAUUUAACCGUUCUCUCGCAGUUCUACGUACUAACAAAGUAACAGUGGAAUAUCUCUAUAGGUUUCAUGUGAAAGUACCAAUCACAGCAAGAUCGAGUUGUUGUGACCUUGAUGCUGAAGUUCUAAAAUCUGAAGAUAAAUAUAGAUUUAAUAAGGUGACCCAUAAGUUAAGUUGUGACCUCAUCUCACCAAGUGCCCCCAAAGGAGCCUUCAACCCAGGACGCAAUCUCACUGAAGUGUUUCAACAUAAUGUGCAACUUAUACCUAGUUUAGUGUGGCAAUAUUUUAUCUCAUCUAUGGGAAUUCACAAUGAGUUUCCAGCCUGUAAGUUCACCAGCACCAACCUUCCAUGUGGCAGUUUGCAGGACAUUAGACAUAGAGAUGUGUAUUUGUCCACAGUUCAGCCUCAGCGCAAAAAUGUUGUGAUUCUAAUGGACCAUGGGAACUCAUUAAGUCACAAUCAGUUGGUCAUGUCCAAGGCAGUGGCUGCACAUAUUAUAGAGAGCCUCUCUGAGAAUGACAGAGUGGGGAUGAUUGCCCUCUCAGGGCGGGCUCACUAUCCUCGCUAUGAUAAUUGCCUGUCAAAGAAAUUGGCCCCAUUGUCGUAUGAAGCCAAACUCUACUUCAAUAAAUUCAUCCAGAAUUUGGAAAAACAAGAUACCUCAACUAACCAUUCACUGGGCUUCAAGGCAGCAUUCAACAUGAUUCGUCAUUCGAGACCCAACACAAACUCUACACAAACAUCAGACAAAUAUCUGAUUGCCUAUGUGAGUCGUGGUCUGUUGUCUCCCCUAACUGAAGCCAAGGCUGUAAUGACAACCAUAGCACAACAACAAGCAAGAGUUGACAACUCUGUCAUUAUAAACACCUAUAUAGUCAUAGAUGAGGGCAAGCCUAUAAUGUAUGAGAGAAGCUUCCUGUCUGCCAUAGCUGCCCAGGACUUUGAGAACUACAAUAUUAAGAGACCUGUAGAACCUCCUGCCAUCAUGAAGGGAGAGAUGGUUGAAGUGAAUAGUACAAGAGAUCUGAGCCAGUCAGUGGGCAAGUUCUACGAGGCUUUUGAUGUCCCUACAUCUAACCAGUCUCGUUUUUCCCUGCCUUAUGUGGACCUUGCAAAAGAAAGGCUUGUGAUGAGUAUAACCUGGCCAUGUUUCUCAGAGGGGAGACUCUCACCAAAGAAGGUGAUAGGAAUCAUGGGUCUUGAUAUUGACAUGGCAGAUAUUGUACAGGACAUUACUUACUACAAUACAGAUAUGUCUUCCUAUGCCUUCCUUCUCAACACUGAUGGUAUUGCUGUGAUGCAUCCAGCUAUCACCAGGCCCAUACAGACCAUAGUUCAACCAAUGCACACUGACAUUCGACACUUUGAGACAAACAGGGGCUUUAUUGCUAUUAGAGAGAAGAUCAUCAAUACAGCUAGCGGAGUUGAAGUUAUGGCUAUACAUGUGAAUGGUUCUGAUGUGCACCCCAAUGACUCUCCCUUACACCCAGGAGUCUACCAAGCUAAAUAUUCUUGGAAAAGGAUUGUUGGUACUCCAUUGAUUGUGGUAAUCAAAGAUCUGACAAGUAGAGAACGAAUGAAGGAACUUGCAGAUGUAUCAGCUUCAAACCAAUCUCCCACAGAUGUGUAUCACAGGUUAGACCUUCUCCCCACAGAUGGCACUUGUUUGCAUAUGAAACAAGUGGCCACAUUUGAUUCUGGGACAUUAUUUGUUUCUGCCCAGGGAUUUAAGAAGCCGUAUGACUAUCUAUCAGAUGAUGAGACUAAAUACAUGGUGAAGGGAUACAUGGCUUAUCUCAAGGAUAACACAAAUUUGAUCACUAAUCCUGGAAUAAAGGAUUCAGUUAAAAAUGAUGCUGGAGUGUUGGCCAAGAUCAACUCGGAGUGGGUCAGGCAGUUCUUCAACAGUUAUGAAAAUGAUUACAUCGUGCGAAGGUAUGUUGCAACUCCGAGUGGUGUGAUGCGUGUAUUUCCUGGUACAUUACUGGCCAAAUCCAUGGACCCAACCAAGCGUCCAUGGUUCCGUCGUGCACUAGAAUUCCCAAGUAAAGUUGUAUUUACUGCACCAUAUUUGGACAUAGGGGGCGCUGGGUACAUUGUCACAAUGAGUCAUACCAUAUAUGAGGGAAAGCCUGCUGCCCUACAUAAGAAAACUGACAGAGUGGUAGCAGUUAUGGGAAUAGACUUUACACUUGGCUACUUCUACAAGAUGUUAGUACAACAAAUCCCCCAGUGUCAAUAUGAUACCAUGCGCUGUUUCCUAUUUGAAGACAGGGGCUACCUAAUUGCCCACCCAGGUGUCAUGGAGCCCAAUGGGAAAGGCCCUGUGGAACAACAACAUAUCACCCAUAAAGAACCCCUGGUUGCUAAUGAUAUCCUCAACCACAAUCAGUUUGUUAAGAAACAGUUGUGCAACAGUUACAAUGACCGUACAGUCCAGCGCAUGUACACAUUUAACACUACAGCAUACAGAGUCCUGACUAACUUAGUACAUGGGGAACACUGUGCUAGGUAUCAGACCACACCUAUACCUGGGAGCAAUCUCUUUGUGGGUGUCAUCAAUCAGACAUGUAAUAUGAUGACAGCAUUCUGUCCCUGUAGCAUGGUUGAUAGAUUGUGUUUGAACUGUCAUAGCCUGGAGCAAACACAGUGUGAAUGCCCCUGUGAAUGUCCUUUGGGUAUGGACUUUUGUACAGCAGAGCUUCUGGCUUACAACUCAAGGAACCCUAAUUGCCCCAGUUACCCCGAGGAGGAAAAGUUAGCAGUGGCUCCAGAAUCUGUCACAGAGAACCUGAAACCUUGCUUCUCUACACGCUGUUCUGACAAAUUCACGCAGAUGGAGUGUUUUGGUGUUCUCGACUGUGAGUGGUGCCAGAUGGAUACAGAUGGGCGCACAAAACUGAAGAAGCCAUUUUGUGGUAGUCAGCGUGUAUGCUUUGGUGGUGUCUUGGGCACACCUACACCCUAUGGUGAUGAGAUUCCUGUACAAGCUUUUGCAGAGAGCCAGGAUGUUGUGUCAUUCAAGAGUACGCCAGUGGGCCCUGUAGCUGGAGGAAUUAUGGGAUGUUUCCUGGUGCUUGCGCUGGGUGUCUACUGCUACAGACAUCAUGUACAUAGGAACAAUCACCAAUAUGUCACCACUGUGACAGGGGCUGAUGGUAGAAUGGCACACCUAGACAAUGAGCCAGAUGAAUUGGAAGCACCAGAAGACCUUGGCUCAGGUCACACCAACAUUGUGCUGGCUAUGUUUGAGAAUCCCGCCACUAUUUCACCCUAUCGGAUGAACACUAUGUAUAGACGACCCCAUGGAGGGGACAGUAGUGACCAUGGUUACAGUACCAUGACACCCCAUGAGGACAGUGAACGGGCAAGCACUACCUGUGCUGAACCUCUCCUGAUCAGCAGAGAUCGAUUAAAGCCACUCCUCCACAGUGGCACUCCAGUGAAAGCUAUUCCCCCGCCCCCUCAUUCUAAUAACAGUCGGCGAAGUCGUAGCCCCACCCCACCUCAAACACGACUUAUCGCGUCUCCUUCAAACUACGCAGUUAUCCCGGAAGACACACAGACAAUAAUCCCUCAACAAACCGUGCUGCCCUCUACUGUACAAGAAUCAGCACCCCACCAUAUUUUUGCCAAUGUGCAGGUUCAUAUGGUUGAUUCCCAUUAGCUGCUGAUUCUACCACAACACAUAGGCAUCUGGAUCUAAAAUAUCAAGGAUUAUUUUUUGGUUAACUUGUGUGUUUACUGUGAAGAACAGUACAAUAAAGUGACUUGCAAGGGUGUAAUAGAUUUAGAUGCCUGUUAAAAGUGGGUAGUGGACAAUCAUUUUGUGUAAAUAUUGUGUAUAUAAAUGUACAUAAUGGAUAUAUACUUAAUGAUUUAGUUAAUGUAUUCUAACAAAUGUAGAUAGUAAACUGUAAUAUUUAGUUAUGUGUCAGAGAUGACAUGAAGCAUUGUUACCACCUUGAUGCAGCAGGCCAAUAAAUGUCCUGGUUCUCAUUAUUUAAGAAAUUGAAUUUUCUGUUUUCUUCCAAAAACCUCUAUUGAGGGUGAAAUGGUCAGUUACUAGUGUAUAAUUUAUGCCAAAAAGUCAUAAUUGUUUUUAUAGUCUAAGAUAUAUGUAAUAAUACAAAUGAUGAUCAUACUGUAUGUGAGCAAAACUCUUAAAUCAAGAGAUUUGAUGCAUUUUACGAAAUCCUUAUGACAGUACAUUAACAGUGAAAUAAUGACACUUUCUACAAACUUUAUGCAACUGAAACUUUAACAAAUGUAUGUUAUCAGGGUAGGCAUUUUACAUGGAAGCGCUUCAAUUUAAAUUAUUAUUCAAGUUUGAAGAAAGAAAUAACAAUGUAAUAAUACUAUGCUGUAGAUGUCUUAUAUUCUUUUGUAUUUUAUAUAAAUGAGGUCAAACAAAUGCCAUAUGAUGUUGUAUGAAUCCAAAAUGAUUUAGAAUUCUGCAGUGAUUAUGGAAAGAAAAUUUUACUUGUAAUCAAUGUUGUAUGGUGCCAGUAUUAGUCAACAAAGUUACAAGUAUUUUAUAAUAUGAAUUUAAGUUGAAUGUUUCUUUUCAGGCAGAUUCACUGUAUGUAAUUUAAUAAUUGAAAUGCCAAUGUAAUAUGUAUUUAUGCUUUUAGUUCAAAAAUCAGUUGUAAUAUUCAUUAAUGAGUUUUUAAGACAUGUAAGAAACAACAAAUUGUUAAUAUUAGGAUAUUUGUAGUGAAGAUGAUCUGUAUUUUGAUCAACAAUAUUUAGAAUGUUGUUGAUCUGUUAAAGGGAGAAUCAUACCUAGCGAGUGGGCUUAACAAAAAAUGUUUCAGUUUAGAAUAUUUUAGGCUUAGUCAUUCCUUUCCAUGGUUAUUUUCUAAAAUCCUCAAAGUGCAUACUUAUUUCAGGGAAACUAAAGAUUUUUACAUCAAACUUUGCCCCACAUACUAGCUGAACCACAUCUCUCCACAAACUGACAUACACUCAUUCUAGCCUAAUGGGGUUUGAUGUAGUGAUGUAGAGAAUUCAGUGGUAACC